AUGGCCACUGGAGAGAGGCCUGAUCUGGCUGAGCUGGCAGGAGCAAGCACUCCUUUAUCACUGAGCAGGAUCUCUGAAGGCACAGAGAUAUCUGCACAUUACAACAUGGUCCAAGUAUCAUUGGAUGUUAUAUUUGACCAUUUUUGCACUCGUCUGGAAGCUCGUUUGGUGGCAUCACACCGUCCACCAAGAGGAG